CUCGCCGCGGACCCAAGAUGGCGGCGUGUGGACGUGUACGGAGGAUGUUCCGCUUGUCGGCGGCGCUGCAGCUGCUGCUCCUCGCCGCGGCCGGGGCCCGGAAACUCCACAGCCAAGGCCCGGGCGCGGGGGGUAACCCUGGGUCCUUCGGAGGACAGGCGGGAGGCGGCGGGCAGGCUCAGCAGCUGCUCCAGAUACCUCAGUCCUCGCAGCACCAGCAGCAGCUCCAGCAGCAGGCGCAGCAGCAGCCCCAGCUGCAGUCGCAGCAGCAGCCGCAGCAGCCGCCUCAGCCCCCUCAGCCGCCGUUCCCGGCGGGCGGGCCUGUGGGCCGGCGGGGCGGAGCGGGGGCCAGCGGGGGCUGGAAGCUGGCGGAGGAAGAGUUCUGCAGGGAGGACGUGACCCGCGUGUGCCCCCGGCACACCUGGAGCAACAACCUGGCGGUGCUCGAGUGCCUGCAGGACGUGCGGGAGCCUGAAAAUGAAAUUUCAUCAGACUGCAAUCAUUUGUUGUGGAAUUACAAGCUGAACCUAACGACAGAUCCCAAAUUUGAGUCUGUGGCCAGAGAGGUUUGCAAGUCUACAAUAUCAGAGAUUAAAGAAUGUAGCGAUGAACCUGUUGGAAAAGGUUACUUGGUUUCCUGCUUGGUGGAUCACCGAGGCAACAUCACUGAGUACCAGUGUCACCAGUACAUUACCAAGAUGACGGCCAUCAUUUUCAGCGAUUACCGUCUCAUUUGUGGCUUUAUGGAUAACUGCAAAAAUGAUAUCAACAUUCUGAAAUGUGGCAGCAUUCGGCUGGGAGAAAAGGAUGCACAUUCACAGGGUGAGGUGGUCUCUUGCCUGGAGAAAGGCCUGGUAAAGGAGGCGGAAGAAAGAGACCCCAAGAUUCAAGUCUCUGAGCUCUGCAAGAAAGCCAUCCUGCGGGUAGCCGAGCUGUCCUCGGACGACUUCCAUCUAGACCGGCAUUUAUAUUUUGCUUGCCGAGAUGAUCGAGAGCGCUUCUGUGAAAAUACGCAAGCUGGUGAAGGCAGAGUCUAUAAGUGCCUAUUCAAUCAUAAAUUCGAAGAAUCCAUGAGUGAAAAAUGUCGAGAAGCACUGACCACCCGACAGAAGCUGAUUGCCCAGGAUUAUAAAGUCAGCUACUCACUGGCCAAAUCCUGUAAGAGUGACUUGAAGAAAUACCGGUGUAAUGUGGAAAACCUUCCUCGUUCCCGGGAAGCCAGGCUCUCCUACCUACUCAUGUGUCUGGAGUCAGCUGUGCAUCGAGGGCGCCAGGUGAGCAGUGAGUGCCAGGGGGAGAUGUUGGAUUACCGGCGCAUGCUCAUGGAGGACUUUUCCCUGAGCCCUGAGAUCAUCCUGAGCUGUCGGGCGGAGAUUGAACACCACUGCUCCGGAUUACAUCGGAAAGGCCGCACCCUGCACUGUCUGAUGAAAGUGGUUCGCGGAGAGAAGGGGAACCUGGGAAUCAACUGCCAGCAGGCGCUUCAAACGCUGAUUCAGGAGACUGACCCGGGUGCUGAUUACCGCAUUGACAGAGCUUUGAAUGAAGCCUGCGAGUCUGUGAUCCAGACAGCCUGCAAACACAUACGCUCAGGAGAUCCAAUGAUCCUCUCCUGCCUGAUGGAGCAUUUAUAUACAGAGAAGAUGGUGGAGGAUUGUGAGCACCGUCUCUUAGAGCUGCAAUAUUUCAUCUCCCGAGAUUGGAAGCUGGACCCUGUCUUAUACCGCAAGUGUCAGGGAGAUGCAUCUCGACUCUGCCACACCCAUGGCUGGAAUGAAACCAGUGAGCUCAUGCCUCCAGGAGCUGUGUUUUCCUGCUUAUACCGACACGCCUACCGCACCGAGGAGCAGGGAAGAAGGCUCUCCCGGGAGUGCAGAGCUGAAGUCCAAAGGAUCCUGCACCAGCGUGCCAUGGAUGUCAAGCUGGACCCUGCCCUCCAGGAUAAGUGCCUGAUUGAUCUUGGGAAAUGGUGCAGUGAGAAAACAGAGACUGGACAGGAGCUCGAGUGCCUCCAGGACCACCUCGACGACCUGGCAGUGGAGUGCAGGGACAUCGUCGGCAACCUCACCGAGCUCGAGUCCGAGGAUAUCCAGAUAGAAGCUUUACUCAUGAGAGCCUGCGAGCCCAUCAUCCAGAACUUCUGCCACGAUGUGGCCGAUAACCAGAUCGACUCUGGGGACCUGAUGGAGUGUCUGAUACAGAACAAGCACCAGAAGGACAUGAACGAGAAGUGCGCCAUCGGGGUCACUCACUUCCAGCUGGUGCAAAUGAAGGAUUUCCGGUUCUCUUACAAGUUUAAGAUGGCCUGCAAGGAGGACGUGUUGAAACUUUGCCCCAACAUAAAAAAGAAGGUGGACGUGGUCAUCUGCCUGAGCACGACCGUGCGCAACGACACGCUGCAGGAGGCCAAGGAGCACCGGGUGUCCCUGAAGUGCCGGAAGCAGCUGCGGGUGGAGGAGCUGGAGAUGACAGAGGACAUCCGUCUAGAACCUGACCUGUACGAAGCCUGCAAGAGUGAUAUCAAGAACUACUGUGGUUCUGUGCAGUACGGCAACGCUCAGAUCAUCGAGUGUCUGAAGGAGAACAAGAAGCAGCUCGGUGCCCGUUGCCACCAGAAAGUUUUUAAGCUGCAGGAGACUGAGAUGAUGGACCCAGAACUAGACUACACGCUCAUGAGAGUCUGCAAGCAGAUGAUAAAGAGAUUUUGUCCGGAAGCAGAUUCCAAAACCAUGUUGCAGUGCUUAAAACAAAAUAAAAAUAGCGAAUUGAUGGAUCCCAAGUGUAAGCAGAUGAUAACCAAGCGCCAGAUCACCCAAAACACAGAUUACCGCUUAAACCCUGUGCUGAGGAAAGCCUGUAAAGCUGAUAUCCCUAAGUUCUGUCACGGCAUCCUGACUAAGGCCAAGGACGACUCGGAGCUCGAAGGUCAAGUCAUCUCUUGUCUCAAGCUGAGAUAUGCCGACCAGCGGCUCUCCUCAGACUGUGAGGACCAGAUCAGGGUCAUUAUCCAGGAGUCCGCGCUCGAUUACCGACUAGACCCUCAGCUCCAGCUGCACUGCUCAGAUGAGAUCUCCAAUCUCUGCGCCGAAGAGGCGGCCGCCCAGGAGCAGACGGGGCAGGUGGAGGAGUGCCUCAAAGUCAACCUGCUGAAGAUCAAAACGGAGAUCUGUAAAAAGGAGGUGCUGAACAUGCUCAAGGAGAGCAAGGCCGACAUCUUCGUGGACCCCGUCCUGCACACGGCGUGCGCCCUGGACAUCAAGCACCACUGCGCAGCCAUCACCCCGGGCCGCGGCCGCCAGAUGUCUUGUCUCAUGGAGGCCCUGGAGGAUAAGCGGGUGAGGUUACAGCCGGAGUGCAAGAAACGCCUCAACGACCGGAUUGAGAUGUGGAGCUACGCGGCAAAGGUGGCACCUGCCGACGGCUUCUCCGACCUCGCCAUGCAAGUGAUGACGUCACCGUCCAAGAACUACAUCCUCUCCGUCAUCAGUGGCAGCAUCUGCAUCUUGUUCCUGGUCGGCCUCAUGUGCGGACGCAUUACCAAGCGGGUGACACGCGAGCUCAAAGACAGGUAGAGCCAGAGCCACCUUGACCGCCAGACGAGCGACCUGUCUAGAGCCCCGUUUGUACAGCCCUCCUGUAUAGUGUCCCCACUCACCUCAUUCUUCCAAGAGGUGCCACCAACGCCCCGUUAGAGCAGCAGGGCCCCACUGCGCUGUCCCGACGCUGACCUGCCCGUGUCCAAGGCGUCCGCUGCAGCAGCUGGCCGCUUCGCCUUCGGUGGCAGGCUUGGGUCGGCUUGCCCGUAGACAAGUCUCUCCUGUGCCAGUGGAACCACCAGUACUUCCAGAACCAACGCAUCCGACCUGCAACUCAAUUUCAAACAAACAAAAACACGAAAAAAAAGGAAAGAAAGGAAUUUUUUUAAGAACGAAAAAAAUGUAUAUAGUAUCACAUCCUCUCCAGGCUUGUGUGGGGCAGUGGGGUUCUUUCUUCUGUGUGACUGUACUACAAAGGCAGGACUUCGGGGAAACCACCUCAGUAUGCAGUGACAGGGUUGCCACGCCCGUUUCUCAGAAGCAGCUGGGGGCCAGGAGGACUGCGGGCUGCUCCGGGCAGCGGGAAACCACUGACCAGCUCCGGAUCCCUUUUGUUUCCACCAGAACAGCAAUGCCCUCCGGGUCCCGCCUGCUAAUGCCCUGAGGCCUCCUCCCGUCCUCACCUCCAGCAUGCACCUCCCCCGCCCAGCACGGGCAGGGCCGGGAGGGUCAGAAGUGUGGGUGCCUGGCCAGCAGGACUCGAGCUGCGCCUGGUCCAGGCCUGGGCACUGGCGCCGGGACUCGUCCACUGGGGAGCACUGGGAACAGACGGCAGAGACUGGGGGGCAGGCCCGGCAGCCCCGUGCCCCGGUACUGGACAGUCUCCUUUGUACCUCAGCCCAGAGCGGGCGCGGAAAGUUGUCACAUUAAAAGAUGGAGGCGUCUCCAUUCUCUCCCGUCCGUCCAUUUGCUGCGUUUCCCCCGGAGUGGGCUCGGGCUGACCCCUGUGCUGGCGAUGGGCCUAACGCCCCCGACCCGGAGCUUUAUGGAAGCAAUAUAUGACCUGGCCACGAGUGACCAGUGCAGGGGCGAGUGGGGGUGCCAGCGCCUGGCUCCCCCUGGCACCUUGGCGUGAGUCGGGGGCAGGCACAGAGGCUGUGCAAGAGGGCGGCGUGUACAGUGGGGGGUAUAUUUAUAUAAUAUAUAUUUUAUUAACCUGUUAGACAUCCACAGAGUAUUAUAAAUCACGUGCCUAAAACUGUCCGCACAGACCGUGCCCACCUGUCCCCCCACCCCAGUCGCAUCCCUGGAACCCGGCGGCCCUGUCUCCCCAAGUGUCUCCGUCACCCCGGUCGGCGUGUGGAUCAUUGGUCCCGUUACUCCUUGUCUAACCUGACUGACUUUUUGUUUGAAAACUGUGGUUUCCUUCCUGUUUUCCUUCGAUCCUGUCCCUGAAGGCCUGGAGUGUGGCUCCUUGUCACCACUGAGAGCCACGAAGUUCCCCUCAGUCCAUAGUCAGGGUCUUCCUGGUCCUCAGCAGGUGUCCAGGCAUCCCAAAACUUGAAACGCUGUGAGUUGAGGCCUCCGGUCUCCUGGGGUUCCGGGUGCUGCUGGGCGCCCCAGCCAGACUGCCCGGGCCUGGGAUCAGGCCCCAUGAGAGAAGACUCGCUCCCGGCCGUUGCCCGCAGCCAGUGGGAAGUUAGCCUGGGAGUCUGUUCCCUAGAGCGUCUCCUUUGGAAAGGACCGGACAGGGACAGCGGGCACAGUGGGACAAGAGCCCUCGGUGCCCUUUUCAUGUCACCUGAAUCAUUCUGUACCUCAUUUGGUGUGACAGCAGACCCAGGGGCUCCUCUGGUUACUGACCUCUCUCAUCGGUCAGUCGCUGUAAACCUCGAGGCGGACGGUGAGGGGUUUGGCCUUCAUCACUGCCUGCUGCCUCACCCGUGAGCAGCAUAAGCAGUGGAAGGUGACCGUAGCUGGCCCCCCUGACACUCUGCGCUACGGGGAGGGCUCCCUGGACUGCAGCCGGGGGCACGGGGAGAUCCUGGCGGGUUGUGGGAAGCUAGACUGACCCCACUAGGAGCUGCUCCUUCAUGGGAUCACCCCCCAUGAUGCUAAUCAGUCGCCCCGGCAGCUUGUGGGGAGCCAGAGCGUCUGUGUCUGGGGACCCUGUGCAAGGAGCAGGCGCUGACAUCCGCAGCUCCUCCAAGAUGUCAGUAACUCCCAGCCCAUGGCGUGGAGCGAGUUAGGUGCCACCACCCCUGAGACAUGAGCUGACCACUGCGUGGGCACCAGUGCUCCCAGGGCCACAGCCUAGUAAGUCCUGGGGCGGGGAAGGUGCCGUCAGCCUGGGGGGGCUGCUCCCCCACGGCCAGCAUGCUCAGCGUCGAACAAAAUAGACCCAGCUCUUCAAGGCUCGCGUUUGGUACGUCUACUUGUUUCAGGGCCUCGGGAACUCGGAGCCCUCGGGUCAGGAAGCUCCCGAGCCUCGGACUCCCUCUGAGCACCACCCAGGUGCUUUGGGGAAGGCUGCCAGCUGUGCCCUCUGUCUUUCCGGGGCCGCUUCUUCCUUCUCCCCCUUUUCCCAGGCCUCUGAUUUACAGGGUCUGGCACCCGCUCGUCUGGUUGCUCUAGCCGCUCGCUGCACCUCCUCCCUCUUGUGAACCAAGCUCACAUGUGGGGGUCAUCAGCUGCAAGGCCAAGCCCCCCUUCCAGCCCAGGUCUUGGGGAGCAGACGGGACAUUAACGGACUCAUAUUGGAUGUGCAGAGUAGCAGGCUGGUCAUGGCACGGAAGGGCCCUGGGCGCUUUGGGUCACCAGGAGCAUUCAAGGAGGACCUCUCUGCUCGGCAGCCCCAGCCACAUUUCUGCCACGCACAGCCAGGCUAGGGGCGGGUCCUCCCACCUAUGUUUCUCCGUGCUGACCCCUUCCCUCCCGGACCCCAGAGCCCAGCUUGGCCGUUCCAGACCUGCAGGUAUGGUUGCAGGCGCCCCGGUCAGCCCUGGCGGGGACCCAGCCCACAACCGCCCUCAGGGCUCAGCGCCCAGGCACCGGGAGGUCCCAGGCCUUGAAAUUUUUUUUUCUUUUCUUUCUUUUUUUUUUUUUUUAAGGAAAGAAAAAAGGAACGUGAAAUUCCCCAGCCUCUUUUGUAAAUGGUUUUCUUUCUAUGUAUAAAAUUCUGGCAGUUCCUUGUUUUUACAUGUUCAUGCUGUGUAAUUUUGAGAUGUUACCGAGAUUCUGAACUUAAUGUGCUUUUUUUUUUCUGUACAGAAGAAAUGGGAGAAUUUAAUAAAGAGUUUGCAGGUU